GGGGCGUAACCAAACGGGCCGUACCAAACGACGGACGUACGACGGACGUCCGGCAAUCUUUUUCUCGAUUUUCCCGCUUUGCCGCUGUUGUUUUAGAUUAUCCGUGUAAUAGAAUUACCCUCUCAGAACAUUUUAUGUAAUAACAAUUUAAAACUAAGUUCAAACUGGUCCAAAAAUGGCCAAAACAAGCACCUUCCGUGGCCCUUCAUAUCGCUAUCAUGCAAAGAUACCCGUCACAGAUCAUGAAUUGUACCAAGAAGCAUUCAAACAAUUCCAGCAGUUCAAGUAUCUGACGAUUAAUAAGAUGGAGAUUACGAUAGGUUCGUUUGUUGAGCUGCAAGAUGAUGUUGAAAGGCUUCAAAUUCCAGGGUCGAAGGAUAAUCUUCCUCCACCUAAAUUUGCCCAAAUCUACAGGAUUUUGGAGACUGAUAAUGGCCCAUAUCUUUUGGUAUUUUGGUUCCACUCCAUAUCCGAAGGAUUGAAAAGCUUACCAUUAGCCCCUCCCAAGGACAGAAUCCUACAAUUUCCAGAUUUUACAACAAAGGACGUGAUUUUGGAUAGGAGAAGAUCUCCAGAUUUCUUUGGCGGAGUGACUUAUCAUCAAAUUGCUGCUGUCAGAUCGUUUGUUAAAGUCCACUUCCGUGAUGACCCAAUAGAGAAACUUGGAGAGUCUGGAAUGGAGUUCAUCCACCGCUUUGAUGUUGCGUACAAAAACGAUAAAUCAAUCUUGAUUCCUCGUUUAAAACCAACUGACCUGAAGAAUGAUGUCUACCCAGUUGACGUUAAAAAGACCAACGAAACCUUGAAAGUAAAGACGGUAAAGUGUGCAGCUGAUUUGGCACCACCUGCCACAAUAGACUCUAAAUCAGCAAGUGUAAGUGGACAGAAAAGCAGUGACAGUCAAAAAAACAAGGAGAAUGUGGCACCAUCCACUUCAAAAAAUAAAAGAACGCCUGUCUCAACUGAAGACGAGGACAAAAACCUUCAGACAAGACUUCGAGAGAAAGUUAUCCAGACAAGAAGCAAUCAGAAAAAUCAACCAGACAGGAAGAAACAUGCUGAAAAGCCUUCCAUUUCAGUUGAAUCAAAGGAAGAAACGGAAAUCAAGAAGCUCCAGAGGAAAUGUGAUAAACAGAAAGAAGAGAAAAUUAGGUUGGAAGUCACUGCUCAGCUAUUAAAAGAGAAACUCCAGAAAACUGAGAUUGAGUCUACAGCAAAGGCGAGCAGCGAGCCGGAUAAGAAGAAAAAUAAAAGAAGCGAGCAAUAUUUAACCCAUCUCAAAAUCAUCUCCCAAAGGAUGGCGAGAGGAAAGAAAAAGGAAAUACUGCUCAUCCACCAAAAUUUUCUGGAACAGGACGAAGCAUCCGAAGUCAAUGGAAUUGGAGUUUGUGAUGAUAUGGUGCUGGUUGCGAAGGCUGAGUGCAACGGAAAACUGUUUAGCUACGCUCAAAAGCUAGCCACCCAGAUUUUCAAGAAAGAAGGGGCCAAGUUUUUUUCCACUUCGGGCCGUGCGCCCAAAGGUGAUAAUCUGAACACCCUAAAAUUCCCGUCAGACUACCUUUUUGGAUUUCAAAAAAUUGUGGAGUUGACCGCUAAAGCUCAUGAUAUAACAAUGCCUACAAAGCCUGCGAACCUCAAGCCUGAUGAUGAUGAUGCGUACAAGAAACAGAUUAGGGAGGUCACAAAUCGAGCUCUAAACAACUGGCUGAGCAAGUUGCGAGACCCUUUCCGCACUCAUUGUCAAGUUAAGUCUAGGAAGAACAACAGUGGCGAACCAGUAGAAGACAAAGAGAACUUUGAUGAGAGCAGUCAGAAGUCAUCAGAAGAAAGUAGUAAUGAAUGAGACAAAAAUCAAAGCGGUCUCAUUGAUCUAAUCUUAAGGAAUGUCGUCUGAUGAAAAAAUUAAGUCACUUUUUAUAAACUCUUAUUGUAUUCUAAACCCAUCCUGUCUCACAAAAGCAACGGCUGUGCUGUGUGCAUAAUAAUUUUUAUUUUUCAGACUGCUGAUAUUUGUAUUUUGAUAAUGAACUGAUUUUAUACAAAAUAUUUGAGUGAGAUCUCAGACGCUAUUCAAUAAUUUAUUUUGUGACAGUAACAGAAGAAAAUUGAUUUACAUUUGUAUUCCUAAUGAAACAGAAAUUUCAAGAAGAUUUAAUUUUCAAU